AUGAGUGGACUCGUCACCCGCGGCACGGCUCUCGCGAAAUGGCUCCUGCCCGCAACGCUCUCCCGUCGCGGGCCCGAGCGCCGCGGUAUGCUGGUCGGCCUCGACGCCGCCGGCAAGACGACGCUGCUGUACCGCUGGAAGCUGGGCGAGACGGUCACGACGAUCCCCACCGUGGGCUUCAACGUCGAGACCGUCUCCCGCGACGGUGGAUUCUUCGACCUUGUCCUGUGGGACAUUGGAGGAGGAGAUAGGAUCCGCCCUCUGUUCCGACACUACAUCCCCUCGACAGAAUACAUCAUCUUCAUCCACGACUGCGCGGACCACGAGCGCCGCGACGAGCAGCUCGACGAGUUCAACCGCGUGGCGCAGACUCUCGCCGACGCGGACGGGCGCUUCAUCUGUGUCAUCUUCAACAAGCAGGACCUCCUGCCCCCUGCCAAAAGACGCCGACACGUCGCCGACCUCGCAAGGCGCUACGAGGAGAAAGCCGCCACGUACGCCGGGAAGCUCGCCGUCGACGUCCUGAACCUGCCGGGGCUGAGCGCCACGAAGAGCUCCGACGCGGACUUGCACGUCGUCCUGGACCAUGUGCAGGAGACGCUGCGGCACGGGCCUAAGCCGAGAGCAGCAGCAGUAGCAGCCAGCGCGGUCGAGUCGCGACUCGUGGUUAAGGUCCCCCGUCCAGACGUGGAUGACUUGAAGAGAGAGGCGCAGCGGAUGGUCGAUGCGGAUGGCUUGUCGGCGGAUGAGUUUUGGCAGGCGCUCGAGCGAGGUGACUUGCAGGACACCAUGACAAUCUUCUGGCUCCUCCAACUCCACCUCUCGGCAGCCAAGUACGUCCGGGAAACAAAACUCGACAGGCCGCUCAGACGCGAGGACUUUGCCAGCGUGCUGCUCCAUGCCCCCGAGUUGUCCGACCCCGGCCUGUGGAGGGACUAUUUCUCCCGGGAUAGACUCUUCUCGCCCGACGCCCACGAGCGUUGGCUCUUUCCAGACCUGCAGUCCCUGCCGCCCAUCUCCGCAAUGCCCUUUAGUACCAGCGCAGCGACGCCCAUGUGUCUCCAUGAGGAACCCGACGAGAGUGAUAGGCUCGUGAGCUUUGCCCUCGCCGUCGCGCAAAAGCAACGACAGCCGAUAGGCACCGAGGAGUAUCGAGGCGGCAGCGGUGAUGCUCUCGGGCACGCGCUCGCCGCUCUGCAGUCGUCCAUCAUGCGCGCUCGCACGACGGACCGUACCAUCGCGCCGUACUCGGCAACCAAGGCGCACUUUUGGAUCCAGUUUGUGCGCGCGUGCCUCGGCGGCGUCGUCAUGCCGCCCAGCGAAGGUACCGAGGACACCAGAAGGAGUCUCAACCCCGCCAUCGGACUUGCACACGGCGGGGGCGCGGAAAUCGAGCUCGACGAGUUCAGGGACAUAUUUGGGAUCACGGGCGAAGAGUGGCGCGGGUACUACUCGCGCGUCGUGUGGGAGGGCGUGCCCGCGCGCGUGGCGUUUGCGAAGCCGGACCUGAAGCCGCUGCCGCACGCCCUGGCGGUGAAGACGGCGCCGCGGAGUAGUAGCAUGGCGAGUGCGCAGCAGCCGACUCUGAGGGCCGCGAAAAAUUUCAUCGAGAGUCUGGAUCCAAGUCAUGGGGGGUCUGGUACGCAUGACGUUGCCGCAGCAGACAUAGCCAGCGAUGAUGAGGCCCAGCCGCCCUCCCGUUCGGAAGACGACCUCGCCCUCAUGGCCGCCGCGGUGAUUGACGAGGCCGAGAUCAUCGCGCUGGAAGACACCGAGGGCUCUUUGGUCAAGGGCAACAGCCACGCCAGGAUGCUGCUGCGCCUUUAUCGCGUCCUCGCGGCGGAGGAGACGUCGGACGAGGGCGCCAUGGCCGCCGCGCUGCAGGUUCCCUGCCCGGGCGUCGACGGCGUGACGCAGAGGACGUUCUGGGCUAGGCGGUUGCACUCCGCGUGGAUGGGCUGUGAUGGGCGUCUGGGGUCGUUUGAAGAGUUUGUAGACGCGAACAGGGAGCUGGCGGACGAGGAGCUGCCGCUGGCGGUGUAUUCGCACUCGCUGUGGGCGGGCGAGGAGGCGCGGAGGAGGUUUAUCGAAGCGGAUCGCAGGCCACUAGCGAGUUGA